GUUAGAUAGGUGCAGCCUCAUUGCCAUUAACAUUUCAACCCUUCAACAAACCAAAUCUCCAACUUCUUACCUCAAACAAUACCCGGACUUCACGUUCGGUGAUCUUCUUUCUUGACUUUAUCUCACACCAUUUCCUCUUCACUAUCAAUAAUAUGGGUUCGAAAGAUAAGAAUACACUACUUUCAUCACAGAAGUCUUCUGACUCUGGACUACAAGUCGUUUUGCAUCCUCUAGUCCUUCUUACCAUCUCUGAUUACAUCACACGACACACCCUAAGAGAACAAGCUGGGCCCGUGGUUGGUGCUCUAUUAGGACAGCAAAAUGGAAGAGAGAUUACUAUAGAGCAUGCUUUUGAGUGCGCUACCUUGGAAGAUCCGAAGCUUAAUAACUUCAUUCUAGACGAGAUGUGGUUUGCGCAGCGAUUAGAGCAGAUGAAAACGAUCCACAACUCUCCCCAACUCGAUCUUGUUGGCUGGUAUACAGUACUUCCUCAGACCGGUCCGACCUUGGGCAUACUUCCCAUUCACGAAUCAAUCCUUCUUAAGCAAAAUGAAUAUGCUCUUCUGCUCGCAUUCCACCCCGAAGAGGCCGUCCAGCAUUCGGCCGGCAGCAAACUGCCGCUGACUAUCUAUGAAUCAAAUUAUGAGGCCACGGACGAACCAAGGGUGGAUCAAGAUGAUGACGAGGACAAAGAGAUGCGAGACGGUGAUCCACCUCUUCGGUUGAAGUUCAGAGAGUUACCUUACUCAGUGGAGACAGGCGAAGCGGAGAUGAUCAGCAUGGAUUUUGUGGCUCGUGGGGCUGGCAAUGCGACAAUGGUUGAGCCUAAAGAACAGAAGAAGCAGAUUACCAAGUCUGCCACUGAGACGGAUCCGAAAGGAAAGAAAGUCGCGUCGGCACCAGAAACUCAAGACAGCAGCCAUGUUGCCGUGGUCAAUAUACUAUCCCGCGAAGAUGAAGAGAUGAUUGCAGCUAUUACCGCCAAAGCCAAUGCAGUCAAGAUGUUGCAGUCACGGGUCAACCUCCUAACAACCUACCUCGAACGAUUACCCCCCUCAUACCUUUCUCCCAACAAUACCACUAACCUUUCUGAUGGCCAAUAUACAAUACCAUCCCACCCAAUCCUUCGAUCGAUACAAGCUCUAGUUAGUCGGCUCCCGCUACUAGUGCCAUCCGACAAGGAAGCCUAUGAGCUAGAGAUGCUCCGCGAAACCAACGACGUGCACCUGAUGGAGCUCCUCAAUGACGUAAUGCAGAGCCUCAACGAGACCCGGGACAUUGGCAAGAAAUACACAAUUGUCGAGACAGCCAAGAGCCAUAGCAAGAAAAUCACAGACAACCCAAGAGGAGGCAUUCCCGGUGGCUAUGACUACGCCGGUCCUGGCGAUCUCGCUGUAUAAUGCUGAGGACCUGGAACGGAAUUAAAGUCAAGACCCCGAGCUAAAUCGUGCCUAUCACCAAGAGUGCCUAGGUAGGUAGUUGGUUCACUGCAUUUGCAAAGGCGAAGGAGGCGUUUUAGAGGAACUGUGCUCUACCAGCACUAGACGAUACCUGUGUAACCUCAA